AUGAGUCCCUCCACCGAGACCCAAUAUGGCUUCACGCCGGUCGAGUCCUCAGCGCAGAGACUGCUUUCAUCGGUGAAGCCUACUCCUGCCGCCCCGUUCAUCCCAGUCUCGGAAACCCCAAUCCCAGAUACCGCUCUGUCCCAACGCAUCGAUGAAUAUGCAAGAUCUCACCUCCCGGCUCCGACAUACAACCACUCUCGUCGAGUAUAUCAUUACGGAUUGGCGAUAAAAUCACAUCUCUUCCCUUCCUGGUCGUUUACCGAUGAAACAUAUUUCCUGGCAUGUGUUCUCCACGACAUUGGAACAACAGAGACAAACCUUCUCGGUACGAAGAUGAGUUUCGAGUUCUACGGGGGCUUCUUGGCCUUGGACGUGUUGCAAAAGUCCGCAGUCUCGGAUCCUGAUGCCGUCGCCCCCCGAGAUCAAGCGGAGAGUGUUGCAGAGGCCAUAAUCCGGCAUCAAGAUCUAUGUCAGCAAGGAAAGAUUACGGCUGUUGGGCAGUUGCUGCAGCUGGCAACUAUAUUCGACAAUACUGGUGCUUACUCCGAGUGUGUCCACCCCUCGACCAUUGAAGAUGUGACGACCUGUUUUCCUCGUAUGAAGUGGAGCAGUUGUUUCGCGGCUACGAUUCAUCGGGAGAACGAGCUGAAGCCUUGGUCGCAUACUACUACUUUGGGCGAAUAUGAAUUUCCAGCCAAAGUGCUUGGAAACAAACUAAUGGAACCUUUUGAGUAG